AUGGAUCUUCUUCAAACUUCGAUUAGUCAAUAUUUGGCUAAUGUGAAUCAUGAUAAUACCAAAGCCCUAGAAAUAGCUACCAAAUUAGCUUCUCAGAUUGAAAAUAAACAUUUAAAAUUAUUAGAUUUAGUUAAAUCACUUGGUGAUUAUUUAACUGCUGAUGAUGAUUUAUUAAGACCAAAGGCAACAAUGUGUUUAUCUCAAACUUUAGAUCAAAUAUCACCUAGUGGUUUAACAAAACAUGAUAUUCAAGUUUUAAUUUCAUUUUAUUUAUCCAAAAUUGAUGAUUUAAAAUCAACAAAGGAAACUUUAUUUGGUAUAGAUUCCUUAAUAGUUAUGAAUCAAUUUCCUCCAAUUCAUAUUAAACCUAUCCUUACCAUCCUUCAAGAUCAAUAUCAAUCAACUCAACAUUUAGCAUCAACAAGAUUCUUUACUUUUGAUAUCCUAAAUAAUUUAUUUGAUAAAUUCCCCCAUGUUGUUCAAAAAUAUUCAAAUCAAUUCAUUGAAACAUUUAUUCAUAUUGCAUCUGGUGAAAAAGACCCUAAGAAUUUAUUAAUUUCAUUCACAUUAAAUGGUAAAAUUUCAUCCACUUUACAAAUAGAUAAUUAUAAAGAUGAUUUAUUUGAUGUAUUAUUUUGUUAUUUCCCAAUUUCUUUUAAACCUCCAAAAGAUGAUCCUUAUAAAAUCACUUCAGAUGAUUUAAAAAAUGCAUUACGUCAAGCUAUUGCAUCAAAUUCACUAUUUGCAGAGGAUUCUUAUCCAAAUUUAUUAGAAAAAUUAACUUCAACUGCUCCAAUAGUUAAACAUGACACAAUCAAGACAAUCACUCAAUGUAUAAAAAAUUAUUCAAUUGAUUCAUUAAUUGCAAAUUAUAUUGAAUUAUGGAAUGCCUUAAAAUUUGAAAUAUUACAUGGUGAUCCUGAUGAUGAUGAAGAUGAACUAUUCCCACCAAUUUUAGAAAUUUUCACUACAAUCACUCAAAAAUUAGAAUCAAAUCAAGAAUAUUUUGAAAAAUUUAUAAAUUUAGUUCUUGAUGAAUUAAAAUCAAAUAUUCAAACUUUAACAAAUAAGCAAAAACAAUCAUGUAUCUUAUUAUCUUCCAUAUCUUCUGCAUCUCCUCAAGCUUUCAAUAAAAUUAUUUAUCCUACAAUUACAUUAUUAUUAAAUAAUUCAACAUUAUCAACCCAGGAUCAACGUUCAUUAAUUACCAAUUUAGGCUACUUUACAAGUUCAUAUAUCCUAGUGUUUGGUACAAUAACUGAAGAGAAAAACGUUUCACAAAUUUCUGAAAAUUCUUUAUUACAAUUCAAAGAUGAAAUUUUAAUUCUAUUAGGUAAAGCAUUAAUGUCAACUUCUAAGAUUGAAGUUGCACUAAGAACAUUAUCCAUUGCAGAAUUAACUAAAUUAACAACAUUAUUAGAUUUUUUAUCACCAGAGGAAAUUUCAUUAAUUGUUCAAUAUUUCACUGAAACUGUAUUAAUUGAUGAUAAUGAAUAUGUUUAUGGCGCUGGAAUUUCUGGAUUAAUUCAAAUUGGUUCAAUUGAUUCUUCCAUAUUGUUAGAAAUUACUUUUCCAAAAUUAUUAGAUUUUUUACCAAUUGAUGGUUCUAUGAUUGAAAUUUUAAUUGAUGAUGAAUUUAAACCAAGAAUUAAGAUUUUUGAAGUUUUAAAAUCUAUAACAAGGGAUAAACAAUUAGGUGAUUGGGUUUUGGAAAAAUUGAUAAAGAAAUUAUCAGAAUUAAAUGAAUUGGAUAAUGUUUAUGGAUUUGAAAUUAGUGAAACUUGUCUUGUUAUCUUGAAAGAAAUUCAAAGAUUAUCACCAUUUGAUACUGAUUUAUAUUUAAAAACCUUGUACCCACAGUUACUAGACAUAUUGGAUAAAAAUCAUUCAAAUGAUGAAUUCUUAGAAAGUAUUGGUGAUUUAAUUAAAUUGAUCAUAGUUUAUUCUAAAAAAAAUUUACAUCAAGAAAUCUUGGAUGAUUCAAUAAAUAAAUUUAUUUAUGAAAAGGGAUUAAUCACUGGGAGCCCAAAUAAAUUAAUUAAUAUAUUUGUUAAAAUUAUUGCAGGUCUUGAUAAAAUUGUUAUUUUCCCAAAAGUUGAUGAAUUCUUGGAUGAUUUAAUUAAAUUUACAGAGUUAAAUUCAAAUGAAUUGAAUAAAGAACCAUAUACAAAAUUAGGUUAUUUACAAUUAAUUUCAUUAAUUAUGAAUAAAUUCAUUUCAAAUGAUUCAAAAUAUAUUAAUUAUUUGGAUAAUAGUGAUGGAAUUUCAUCAAUUAAUUUAGAAAUUUUUACAUGGAUUACCAAGAGUAUUGUUUUGAAAAUGUCUUCAGAAUCUGAAAAUUAUAUCACCAUUUUAUUUAAUUAUUUAUCAAAUGAAGAAUUUGGUUUAAUUAUAACAAAAUCAUUUGAAAUCUUGGUUAUUGAUUUAAAUAAUUUUGAAAAAUUUAAGAAAAAGCAAAAUAAUAAUGUUAGAUUAUUAUAUAAACAAUCAUUUUUCCAAAUUAUUACACCUUUAUUAAUAUCAGGGUUCCAACAAACUCAAGAUUUAAAAACAAAAUCAAAUUACCUAACUUCAUUAUCAUAUAUCUUAAAACAUAUUAAAAGAGAAAUUAUUAUACCUCAUUUAUCUUCAUUUUUCCCAUUAUUAUUACAAGCAAUUUCAUUACCAAAAUCUGAAGUUAGAUAUGCAUCAAUAAAUACAAUCUUAUCAACAAUUGAUGAAAUUCCAGAUUUAGUUUCAUCACAUUUAUCAACAUUAAUUCCAAAAUUUUUAGAAAUGUCACAACAUAAGAAUACAAGAUUAAAUAAUGAAAAAGUUCGUUUAAUUUGUCUUCAAGUAUUAGAAGCUUUAGUUCAUACUGUUGAUAUAACAAAAUUAAUUCCAUUUCAAGAAAGAAUUAUAAAAGAAUUAAGUGAUGUUUUAGAUGAUCCAAAAAGAUCUGUUAGAAAAGCUGCUAUUGAUACAAGACAAGCUUAUUAUGAAUUAGGUAGAACUGUUGAUUAA